GCCCUUGUAAAAAAGUACUGCGAUUACCGCGGUACUACUGCGGUACUACCACAGUACUACUGCGGUACAAUUGAAGUACUUGUAGUAUACCGCGGUACUACCGCGGUACUACCGUGGUACUUAUGCAGUAGUACCGCAGUACAAUUGAAGUACUUGUAGAACCGUGGUACUAUCGUGGUACUACCGUGGUACUUAUGCAGUAGUACCGCAGUACAAUUGAAGUACUUGUAGAACCGUGGUACUAUCGUGGUACUACCGUGGUACUUCCGUGGUACUUAUGCAGUAGUACCGCAGUACAAUUGAAGUACUUGUAGAACCGUGGUACUAUCGUGGUACUACCGUGGUACUCUUGCAAUAGUACCGCGGUACAAUUGAAGUACUUGUAGAACCGUGGUACUAUCGUGGUACUACCGUGGUACUACCGUGGUACUCCUAAUCACUAAAUAUGGCUCAGAAUAUGCUUAUUAUCUGUAUCAACAUCCAUUUUUACUAAAUAAACUGGUUUUUAACAUUACAAAUUGUGAUAGCCAACAAAUUCCUCAUGUAUUUCUUGGUUUUUAAUUUCUUAUGUAUUUGUUUGAUAUUAUAUUUUUUUUGUUUUUCUUUUUAUGGAAAAAAUAUUGAACAUUAUUCAACAACUUUUAGCCCCAAAUCAAAUGAUUGCAGUGAUGAAAAAGAAAAAUAAUGAGGGUUUUGACUAUUCUUUGAAAAAAAAAACAAUUCCCACAGGAUUUGUACACAAAUUUAUAUAGGCUAAUUAAUCUUUACAUGCAAUAUGGACAUUGAACAGUAAAAUCAUGCGAUGUAAUAUGUACGCGAUUGUUUGACAAUCGUGAUCACCUGAAGGACGCAUGCGCGUAUCUCGAAAAAUCACGUGACGCGCGUGCACCUUUUUUAUUGGAUCGUAGAAAGGCGCGCGCGAUCGUCUAUUUUUCAUUCAAGAUCUCAGCUUCACUAUGCCGCCACCAGCUUCAGACGAGUUCUUCUGUCUUUUUGAAUUUGAAAGCGAUGACAGCGUCGAAAUUGGACCAUUUUCUUGGAUAUUAGACACGGACAAGGAUGUGGAUCCUGAAAGCUAUGUCGAUCAAGCUGUUGAAGUUAUGUGGGUCAGUGGCAGCAAAACGGAGAAGUAUCGAGCAACAGUGUUGGCUGUAAAUAGAUCCAAGGAUAAUCUCAUCAGAAAAAGGAACAAGAUGUGUGACGGGCAAUCAAUGGAGACUGAUAAGGAAACUGGGAGAGGGAAGAGAAAGAAGAAACCAACACGCACAUACAUGUAUUCAUCUUCGGAGUUGGAGACGGAUGAUGAGGAGCCUCAACCAAAAGAAACAAAGAAAUCAAAAUCAAAAAUUUCACAGUGCAAUGAGAUGGCCAGGGAUCUCAGGAAGCAAAUGUUUGGUGCCAAUGAAACGAAAAAAUCAAAUGGACGUACGGCAACGGGAAGUGGAACAAGUGGUGAGAUAAUUGACCUGAAAAAGCAGUUGGAGAAAUCAAGGAGAGAGACUGAGGAUCUGCAGGUGAAGCUGACUAAGGAGAAGGCAGUUAGGGAAAAGAUACAGCAACAGCUGUUGUUUUUGCAAGGAGUGCCUAAAUUCAUCGAAACCUUUAAAGGGUUCAUAGUGGAUAUGGAGGAGAUGUCGAGACUCAAGGCUGAUCAUGAAGAGAUGCACUGUCCAUCAUCCUCGCCCGCUCGUUCCUCCACCCAGUCCUCCACCCAAUCCUCGCCAUCAUCAGCACGACCACAGGUCAUGUCAAGUCAAAGUUCCCAGGAGUGUCAUCAUCGGAAAUCCGCAUCGUUAUGCGGAACAAAGUUGGCAACGAAAUUAAGUUGGCCAAACGUAGAUCUCAACCGAAAGAGAACCAAGCCAAAGAAAACCAAGCCAAAGAAUUAAACCAAGAACCACAAGAUGAGACCGAAUGAAGCACUUUGUCAAGAUGACUAAUUAAUUAAUAAUGAGCUAAGUCUUGUUACUUACUAAUUAUCCCCUGUUCACUGUCCAGAGGAGGCAAAUUUGCGCGACCUGCCACAUUCUUCGCACCAUUCAGUGACGAGGUCAGUAACAUGGGCCUGCCGAACACUGCCAGCAUCAGAGGACUUUAAUAACAAGCACAUGCAUAUUCUGUUCCAAAUAUAAUUUAGUAUGAUCAUCAUGAUGCGACCUAUCCGAGUAUGCCAUGUUUGGUACGUUUCUGGCACUUCUGAAUCGCCCGUCGCUCCUGUGUAUUUUUUUGGUUGAUUGGAAUAUGUUUUAGACCACAGGCAUUGCUAUAAUGCUUGCUACAGACCAACAUUAAAAAAAAUAAUAAUAAUGUUUUAAUAGGGGCCAGAAUUAUCCUUAUCUGAUAUAUUAAAGGUGCUCCUGCAUCGUUUAUCAUACACACAGUGCCAUCUUGCGCACAAACUAGCCUAGUUCAAAAUGGCGAUCUGUAGCGUAGCAUCCCAACGCUUGAUGAUCUUUAACAUUUCACCUGUUUCUAAAGCUAUUUUGAUAAAAAGCUCUUCAUGGGCCAUCACAUCAAUUCUAGGCAUGUAUUGUGUUUUCCGUCCAGCUGGUACUAAUAUAUUAAAUUUUAUGUUUUGGCAUGUGGAUAUCAAAUGACAGUGCGCACGCAUCAAUCAGUGUUCUUUGUUGGCACCCUUCUAAACAAAUAAGUGUCAAGAACUUUCUUGUUGAGUAAAUUUUGAUCUGAUAAGGAAACAAUUUGAGAUUUUUUUGUGCAAAAAAUGGCAUUUAUAUAUGAUCUACGGAUAAAAGCCCAAAUUCACCUUGAAGAAUGGAAUCAAAUCAGACUAACAAGAAACUACGUCUCUUGGAAGACAUCAAAAUUUAUAUGGGGAACCUAAAUUGCCUCAAACAUGCAUUAAAAUUUGAGACAUUUGGUAUUGUUAAUCUGGUCUUUAAACAAAAGCGAAUGGAAUUAAAAUUGCUUUUGUUAUGAUUUUGAAUGACGGGAAUAUACCAAAUUAUUUCAUGUUCCUGAUUGUUCCGUACUCUAUUUGCCAAAGAUAUUGCUGAAAUAUAUUCAUUGUGUGCUGAAAAAUAACUUUGAUAAUGUGUAUGCGUUUGACGCCAUUUAUUUAAGUGGCAAAUUUCCUCUCGUCCUUUAAAAACUUUGCCUUGUGCCAAAUAACAAAGUAUGCUCAUGUAACAUUUUAAAGGCAUUGUCUUCUAUAUGUGUACACAAUAUAUUUACCCUACUUAUUUGUUGUGUAAGGUCACAUUGAUAAAGUGCUGUAACAAAUAUUGUUAUAUUAUUGAUAGAUUAUCUGUAGUAGUUAUAAAAAAGUACUAAAGUAGAGAUGUUAGAUAUCUUCAUGUUUUUGUUGCAACUCAGUACAGAUGUUUUUAACUACAGUUUUGAGAUAUUAUUGAUAGAUUAUCUGCUACAAUUUCUACAUAUAUGAUUCAUUUAUUUAUUUAUGAUUCAUUAUUUUAAAUAAUCAUAUUUUACUUCUAUUUACUUACCUUGUCAAAGAUUUUCUUUGCUCUUCAUUACCUAUAAUAUAUAUUUAUGUUCAGUUUAAUUCUCCACUCAAUUCAAUCUUUAUUUGGAAAUAAAGAUUGAAUUGACUGUAUUAUUCGUGUUAAUUAUAUAUUCAAAAAGCUGCAUCACUUCGCCGUGAUCCCUCGCAUAGGCCUAUAAAGUUGAUUCUAUCCUUUGGGUUUAUGUCAGGUUUCUAUAGCUUCUGACCAUACGAGCAUUGAAAGUUAAGGGGUUUAUGGGACGAAUUAUCGACUAGGGCCGUCCAUAGCUCAGUCGGUAGAGCACCGGGCUAGCAAUCCGGAGGUCUCGGGUUCGAAUCCCGAUGGAACCCCAUUUUCUUUGCUCUUUAUUACCUAUAAUAUAUAUUUAUGGUCAGUUUAAUUCUCCGCUCAAUUCAAUCUUUAUUUGGAAAUAAAGAUUGAAUUGACUGUAUUAUUCGUGUUACUUGUCAAAGAUUGGAAGGAACUUGAUUGAUGUAUGUUUUUGUUCCAACUUGGAUACAAGUACGUGUUUUACAACUCAACAGUUCUUGAAAAUUUUAUAGACUUUAUAUGAAGCGUAAUCUCAACUUGCCUUUACCAUAAACAUUGUGCUCGAACCUAAAACUCGUUAGUCAUAGUAGUUAUAAAAAAGUACUAAAGUAGAGAUGUUAGAUAUCUACAUGUUUUUGUUGCAACUCAGUAGAGAUGUUUUUAACUACAGUUUUGAGAUAUUAUUGAUAGAUUAUCUGCUGCAAUUUCUACAUAUAUGAUGCAUGUGUUUAGUUUUAAUGGUUUUAAAUAAUCAUGUUUUACUUCUAUUUACUUACCUUGUCAAAGAUUGGAAGAUUUAUGUUUUUGUUGCAACUUUGAUACAAGUACGUGGACAGUGUUUUACAACUCAACAGUUCUUGGAAAUUGUAUAGACUUUUUAUAUGAAGCGUAAUCUCAACUUGCCUUCACCACAAACAUUGUGCGUGAACCUAAAACUCGUUAGUCAUAGUUGUUAUAAAAGUACUAAAGUAGAGAUGUUAGAUAUCUUUGUUUUUGUUGCAACUCGAGUACAGAUGAUUUUCACUACAGUUUUUAUCAUGUAAAAUAUUAAGCAUAUAACUUUAACUUGCCUUUACUUCAACCAACCAUUCAGCCAUUGUGUGUGCUAAAACUUCAGGAAUCCCGUUACCUCAACCAACCAUUUAGCCAUUGUGUGUGCCAAAACUUAGUCAUGUUAGUAAGAAAGUACAUGAUUACAGAUGUUAAAACAUAUAUAUAUAUAUAUAUAUAUAUACAUAUCUCAAAAUAAACUUUUUAUAAUAUUAA